AUGAUUACGGAUACUACUGAUCCUGAUGAGCAGGUAAAUCUCUCAUUAUCUAUCCAAAAAUUGUUAAUUUCCGGUUAUGCGGCGAUUGAAUCCGUAAUUUUCGCCAUUUUAGCUUUAGAUACAUCAUUCUUUGACUUCCUGUUCCAAUGCGAGCAAUCCUGCCAGUACAGCCUCAUCACAGCUGUAAUUUGUAUUUCAUCAUGCGUAGAAUUGCCUUCUUUAAAGGUUUUUCUCACGAAAUACAAAGACUUCAUACUGGAGAUCUGCGCAAUUGGUGAAACAGCCUUUCCUGAUGACGGUGGAAGGAAAUCUUUCAUAAAUCUCCGGAAAUCCAUUGAAUUUUCUUCACUUUCACCUCAAUCUUUGUUCUUUGGUCACUGGUUCGGCCACUCCGAUACACCCGUUUUGCCUUUGAUCGCAAUAAUGAGCGAAAAAGACGAAUUAUUCGCUCCUUUAGUGAUGGUUGCGACUGAUGAGCUAAAGAACCUCAACGACAUCUGUUUCUCAGCCGAUAUUUGCAGGAGAUUGAUGCUAACUGGACCUUCUCCGCCUGCACAAUUAGCAAUUGAAGCAAUUGCAGCCAUUUACGAUCCAACAGUCAUUCUAAUGAAUCUAGUAUUGAAGAUAAUACCAUUUACAUUGUUUGUACCUGCAAUGGAGCUGAUUUACCGGUCAGGAAAAUUAUUAAAUUUAUCUCAGCAGUCAAUCAUCGAAGCAUACUUCUAUAUCACAAGGAAAUGCACUACCGGUGAAUCUCCUCGCUCCCUUUAUCACCUAGAAUACUUAGGAAAGCAUAUUGAUAAAAUACCAAAGGUUUCUUUCUUCAAUUUGUUCAAUGAGUUGAUGAUUUUGAAUCAGGAUCCAAGAGCAUCUGCGAGAUUCAUACUAAUGAUCACUUCAAACCCUUCAUUUUUCAACAUUAUUAAAGAAAACACAGAUUGUAUGAUGAAUUUGUACCAAAAGAUGAGACACUUGAUGCAGGACAUGACAAAGAUCGAUCUCCUUGCAACAACAUCUAUAAGUUUUAGAAAUUUGUUCAAAAAUCUCGCUGAUAUGAAAUUAUUUAAUAAUCCGCAAGUAAAUCAGUUCUUCUUGAUAGGUGUUAAUGGUUUAUCAACAUUCGCAAACAAAGGAAUACUCCAGAACUUAGUUACGGCGAUUUUUUGCGAUCUUUCUGGAAAUCCAAUUUUGAGUCCGAAAUUGGCCAGCCAAAUAAGGACCAGACUAAAGAACAAGUCACAGUUCAUUGAAUAUUUGCUGAAAUAUGACACAGCACUUGCAAAGAAAGAAUUUUCUGAUUACACACAGCAAACAUCAGUAAACGUUCCUAAAUUCAGUGCGAAACUUUGGGGAGCGCAAGGUUGGGUACUUUAUUGCUCAUCAAAACUCUAUUUUAAGAACUAA